UACAGGCAGGCCUUGACCGACAACGGUUGUUGAGCCUAAAAUAAGAAGAAGAAGAAGAAGGUCCCAAAAUAUUUCAAGCUUGAACAUUUGGAGCGAAACCACCCUACGCUGGCGUGAUUUUUAUGCGCUUGAUGUAGAUGGUCAUUUCGCUCCACCCGACAAUUUUGCCCUACGUUCCCCUAUUGUAUUCGUUCGAGAGACGUCGCUAUGUUUUGACCAUCGAUGAUUCUAUGUUUUGAUCCGUCCACAUAUUGUUUGUUUCGCUGACGCUAACAUUGCUAAAUGUUUAUUUUGUUGGUUGUGCGAAAUAAAACUGUACGUUUUCAUGAUUGUUUAUCGCGUUUGCGAUACGAUCCAGAGAUGCUGCUUUGUUCCAACUGUAGCGUUAUCCGCAAUUAUGCUUAUAUGGAUGCUUGAUCGUCGUGCUAGAUCGGGUGAUAUUUUCGUUUGCACAAUCGAGGCGAUACUUAUGCUUAUGGUUCGCACUGGUGUGUUCGUGUAUAAUUUUCUUCUUUCACGGUUGUGCUGCGCUGUAGCGGCUGCUCAUGUUCACACUUGCUCAUUUUGCGCUACCAAAAGGGGGGGCUCAAGCGUUCUAUUCCACGUUCCACUGUUUUGUUUUGAGCUCAAAACUCUCGCUAAGCUAAAUUUUAAAUUUGACUGUCGUGCUCUCAACAGUAGCAUUGAUUCAUUUGCUCCCCCGGUUUGUUGCUGCGUUCCCGCCUGUGAGCCAGAGAUGAGCUCAUCAAACAACGAUUUUCAGCGUCAGGGACGGCGCUUGGAGCUAGCGUGAGCUGGCACGUCGAUGACGGCAUCGGUUGCUUAACGGGGGGCGGACGGAUGAUCAAUGUUUGUCUCGCGAUCACCGCGUCGAUUUGGCAAUCAAGGUGAUCCUGGACUGCGUAGAUGAAGCGUGCAGAGUUGCGGACGGUAAACAUAGCCGUUUCCUUUGCCUUUGUUGUCAUAAAAGGUGUGAGCAGCCAUGGAGUUGUCGAUAAAAGUUGAGGAGGAAAUCGUAACACAGAAUGUGUACCCUUGUGAAAUAGUGUCCAGGGGCUCUGAGGUGCACUUGGAUUCUGAGAAUUGUGGAACAGUAAGGCUUAGGUAUAUGUCAGAUUCACUGGCCGUUACCUGUACCACGCUGCACUACUACAGCUUUAAUGAUGGUGAUCUGGUGACGGGCUUCCUGGCGACCGGGACGUUCUGUGGCUUUAUCGUGAUUCUGUUCACCGUCAUGGCAGGCUACCUGAUGAAGGCGCACCUUCACCGUCGAUUGAGCAUCUUCUACAGUCUCCUCGGCUGCGUCUGCUUCCUGACGUCCGGCGUCUUCAUUAUCGAGGCGUGGGAGCAUGCGUUUCGCACGCGGACCCGCGAUCUCGCCAUCACCAAGGGCUCGAUCGCGGUCAUCAACGGGGUGAUCUUCCUGAUGGACACGAUCUUUACCUUUCGUGAUCGCAAGUGAACAGCGUGCGAUCGGGGUGCUCUGGGUGCCCCACACCAUCUGGUCCGACGUUUAGCGGUCGCCAUGGGUUUGAGUGUUUGGUUUGGUUUGUUUUAGAUGGUUGUGUGUAGUUUUGUAAUAAAAUCAAGGUGUUGUUACUAACGCAAAGAGCGCUGUUGAUGAAUUCUGAAUUUGGAACACAAUCGAGCUUAAAGGUUGUAGGUAAAUUGGUUUUUAAGGUGCACAUUUUCUAUUAUAAUUAAUGGUUCUUUUCCAAUGGGUUCCAAUGGGUGGCACACGUAGUUUUUAAAAAUAAAUUAAAAGCACCUUCAAACACAAUCAAACACGGCAGGUACAUAUUCGUUAAAAAGUUAUUCGCUCAAACAUGCAAAAACACUACAAAUACUGCUUUUUAGUGCAGAGCAUUGCAUACAUUUCGACAAUUUUAAACAAAUUCAACUAAAUAGAAAUGAUAUGCUUCUGCUUGUUGCUUCUGCCGCAGUACGGAGCGUCAACCUUCUAAAUACAUACACCUUGGGAUAAUCCCACCCGUAUAUUGUACCUACUUUGAUAGCUGCUCGAAAACUGCCAUACAAUGCAAACAGUAGAUAGGCCGAAAUUUCAACCUUCGAUCUUUAAAGAGAAAUGUGCCCAUGGAAAGGUUUAAAAAGGAUAGAGAAAAAACUAACUAAUAAUAGCAAUAAAUACCUAAUAUGUGGAGACCUUAACGCACGACACCGAACGUGGAAUUGUAUGAUUGCUUAUCAAGCUGGUAAAUCCCUUUUGAAGAAAUUCAGAAAUCCCUUUUCAAUAUAUUAUCCUGACUCUCCCACAUACAUUCAACCAAACUCUAGACAAAAUCCGUCUACAAUUUAACAGAUAACAAUAUUGAUAUUUCUACGCCAAUAUCACUCAGAACUUGCAUCCAAUUAUUUGUUAGUAAAAUUUUAAAUUUAAAAAUAUAUUACUAAUUAAUAAACCCGACUCAUUAGCAGAUAACAAAGAUGCAUCAACAAACAAUAUUACUAUCACGGAGCAGAAUCGAAUAGUGCAAACAUCUUAAAUAGAUGAAAUGAUAAUGAAAACUACUAAUGACAUCAUAUAUGCUCAUCAUAUAGCUGUUCCAGAAACAUGUCAAGAAACAUCAUAAUACCUGAUGUGGUUAUAUCUUUUAUAAAAGUGCACAAUAAGUAUAGGAAAAAAAUGGGUAGCGACACAGAUAAAACUCAACUUACCUAUGGCUUAAGGAAACCAUCAACACUAACACACCACUCUAAACACUGCUUGGUCAGAUAAUCUUGAAUCAAUUAACAGUCUCCAGAAUCACAAUGGUAGAAUAUAGAAACUAGUAGAAAUGUUGAAAAACUAUCCAACCUCUUUAACAAUACAGAAAUUCGCUUAUAAACACAAGAAAAAUAUGUAAUGUUAUCAAAACACAUUUUGAACAUGCAAAUUACAUCAUCAGCCAUUAUAUUAGUUGAAAAAAGAAACAAUAAUUUAGAAAAAAGAAACAAUAAUCUACUGCAAACAACUAACUAUGUGUACGAUAGCCCGGAGUAAGAUAAAAAAAACUGGGGAUCUUUAUUUAUGAACUGCUGGACUAGGAUCUGGAUUCGGUGGUGCUUAGCUGGACCGGUGUUCUCGAUGCUGCCAGAUCGCUUGCCAGUUACGUUGCCAACCAUGAUUGCGAUUAUCAUGUUCGCUCCGGCCCAUCCGAACAUACGACACCGCACCUGGUUGUCGUGGGAACCCGCUUCCAGUGGACUUCCCAUUGCAACCUGACUCCGCGCGUGGAGCGACAUCAACGGCUCGCUUACGACCAUUUGCUUACUUAGCACCUGUGUACAUAUCUAACAAUUUUCAAUCACACCUCGUUCCAGAAUGUAUCUUCCAAAAAUAGUUGAUCUACAUAAAUCUUAUAAGGAAACAACAAAUUUAGCCCCCUUACAGGUAUUCGCAACAAAACCUCAGAUAUGUACUAAGAGCUGUAGAACCUCAGACUGCAGGGCACAUACAAAGGUUUUCAUACAAGCAAUCCUGCUCCGUUUUUGAUGUCCUUUUACAAUUAUCCUAUAUGACUGUGUUGCUAUCUUGGUACAGAUUUCUAUCCAAUUCUUAUCCCGGUUCAUAGCCCUUCCAUCUUUUCGUCCUAUUUAUAAUAUUUAUGAAUGUUACUGUUGCAUAACAUUAGCAAAUUGUCAGUACGCGAGUUGCAAUACGGCCGUGCCGUCUCUACUGAACAAAAAAUAAAAAAUAAAUUGGUUCAGUGCUUCAACGCCUACCACAACUAUACGGACAGUCGUUUUUCGCGAUUUUUGGAAAAUCUGUACGAGAUAGAUAGAACAGUGAAUAUAUGAGUUGUGCAGAAUACUAUUUCACAUCUUCUUUUAUUUUUUCAAAAAAAUUAAAUAUUUUUACACGACUUAUUACGAAAAAACAAAUUUAUGGUCGUACCAUAACUACAAACACACUUAGAAACACAGUUUUUUUGUGCUAACUGACGCAUUUGAAAAUCGUUUAAAAA